GGUAGACGGUUGUACGUGCGUGCUUAUUGUGUAGUCCACUCCAAAGCUUUUCUAGCGUCCAACGGCGUCUUGCGCCAAGUAAACGAAAGAUUCAACCGCUGUGUGGUUUCUGGUGAAUGUUUUUUAAAAUACACCUUUUGUGAUUCGACGCGUGCUUUUGUAGCCAGCGGGUUGCUUAGCUAACGGUUUCAAGAGCGAGGUAAAAAGUGAGUCGCGAUCUAGUGUUCUUCGUCCAGUGCGCUUUCCCGUCUCGGGCCGUCGUGUAUAGUGGUUCAAUCAAUCGGAGAUCCGUUCAAGUAGCACUACACGCAGCUGCAUCUUUGCCAAGUGAAGCGCAUACCAGAACAGGAAGCGACAUGUCCAGCAGCAUCCAGAUUACGGCGGACGACAAACCGGCGACCGGUAUCAUUACGCCUACAAAGACGCCGGCCGGGCCUCCACUGUCCAGCAUUCCCUCCAGCCCGUCGCAUCUGCAGCUGCCCUCGCCGAUCAUAACGCGCCGCACGAGGACCGCUUCCACAUCCGAUCGUGCCAUGCGGAACCCGAUCGAGGAGGGUAAGGUGAAGUCGUUCAGCAGAAGCAAAGGGCACGGUUUCAUUACCCCGAACGCCGGCGGGGACGACAUUUUCGUACACAUCUCCGACAUCGAGGGAGAGUAUGUGCCACUGCCGGGCGAUGAGGUCAGCUAUCGGCUCUGCUCGAUCCCGCCCAAGUACGAGAAGGUGCAGGCCAUCCACGUGCAGAUCACGCACCUGACGCCGGAGAAGCACUCCCGCUGGGAGACGAGCAUAGGGCACGAGCUGCAUUAGGAUCGGUGGACCGGUGAGCCGGAACCGGAUCAGCAUCACCUCCACCAACAUCAUCACGCUCAGCAGCAACAGCAGCACCAGCAGCAGCAGCAGCAUGUGGUGAAGGGUGGGAAGCAUGAUUCACGCCGGUGGCCCGAUAUAUCGUUCGAUUUUGCGUAGGAAGCCAACGGAGUCGGAAUCGGAGUCGGUGUCGGAGCAGACAAAAAGUAUAUGCGCUGGUAAAGUAGUGGGUUGGGCAUUUGGGAAACGAAACGAAAAACACGAACUUCACUUAAAACCCGUCGACACGGGUUCAGUAUUUUGCAAUGCUAGAUAGUGUUGGCGAACGGAACCGAUGGAGGUAGGAGAAAGGUUAUGUUUAUUUUCCCGUGUAAUUAUAACUAUUGCUCUGUUGAUACAAACGCAAACAAUAUUUCUGAAUCAUAUUGCUUCUCGUCGGUCGUCCCUUUCGGGGAUGGUUAGAUUAUUACAUGCGUUUCCGUUCGAUCGUUCUAGUAGCGGUAAAUUUAUUGCAAC